UAGGGUGUAGUUAUGUUCGAUCAAAGUUACAGGCCACAGUAAAACCCAGUGUAUCUGUGGAAUCUGGGCCACCCAAACCCAGCAUGAGGCAAACACUGGAACUGAGGAGGCAUCCUUUCUGUCUGUCUGUUUUUGGCUGUCUGUGUUUGGCUGUCUUCAUUCCACGGUUAGAAUCAUUUCAAGUGAAAACGAGUGACUCCCCAAUUUUACAGUUACUAGGUGAAGAUGCUGUUCUCCCCUGUUUAAUAUCUGAUGGCACAAACACAGAGUUUGAUCUAGAAAAGUUAACAGUUAUAUGGACCCACCGAUUGCAGAAUGGAAGUUUAAACAAAGUUUAUGAAUACUCGACUGCAAGUGUUACCCCUGGACGGCCUGGGUCCAGAAUCUCAAUAGAUGACCUUAAAAGGGGAAAUGCUGCUCUGACCAUGUCCCAUGUUCAGAUCAGUGAUGAAGGGGAAUAUACCUGCACAGUGUUUUAUACUCCUAAUAAAGUGGUUGGUAAAACCACUCUCCAAGUAUCAGCUCAACCAACUGUCAGUUUGUCAGACACCAAAGUGGAAAUUUUAUUAGGUACGGAAAAGUCUGUUACAUGCAUUGUCAUUGGGUUCUACCCUAAGUCUGUGGAUGUAAAAUGGGUGGUGUACAAGAAAAAUGGCAUCGACUGUAUUCCAUUAGAAAAACAAGUCUGCACAAGUAGCCCAGCCUUAAUGAAAGAUGGAACGUACAAUGUAACAAGCCACGUGACGUUAAAUCCUAAACUACAAGAUGACGGAAAUACUUAUGUCUGUGUGGUGACUCCCAAAUUACUUAGGAAUGAGCAAUCUCAGAAUUUUACUCUGUCUGUAAAAGAAAUGGAAAAGACAGACAUCACUGCUGUGGCGAUCAGUGUUACAGUACUACUCCUUGUAUGUAUUUUGCUGGCUGUAUGGUAUAUUUUUUUUAGGAAAGUGUCACCUAUACUUUCAAAUAUUACUGGACAUGAAAGUCUUGUUCAUAAGAAUAGAGCGACUCUGUCGUGUCAAAUCACAAAUUUCCGACCAAGAGCAAUUGAGAUUUCUGUAUAUCUGGAGAGGGUAGGGGGAAGCAAAGUGAUGGCGGGCCAGUGGAAAUCAGAGGAGCAAAACAGAGCUAGAAAUAAUACAGCACUAGAAACAAACAGUAUCCUGGGAGAUUACCACCUGGUUUCUGUGAUAGGACACGAAAAUGGGCUUAGUAACGGCAGCUCAGUUCUCAGGCCACCAAUGGAGCUGGAGCUAACUGCUGAAAUUAAAACAAAUAAUACGAACCGCACCUCAAGCUGCCAGUGCUCCAUUCAUUUAACUCCAGACAAAGAUGAAGAUAAUGAUGCACUUCUGACGUUGCAAGUGAAACACGCAUCUCUGAAAGAACCACAAUCCAUACGCUGUGUAUUGAAGGUGAAUGGAGUUCCUCCAAAGUUAUCUCAAAUCGUGGCUCCUCUGCAAAUAGUCCACAAAGAUUACCUGACCCUCACCUGUGCCAUCAAUGGGUUUAAGCCACGACCGUUGACAGUCAUGUGGUUGAAAGUGGAUGCAGCUGAUUUCACCGGUCACAUGACGGAACUUCUGUCUUCUGGUCAGGAUGGACAGCCAAUACAAGUUGCCAAAUAUUCUCACAAACGACUUGAAACGGCCAAUGAUGAUGACCACACGUACAGCAUUCUAAGUACUCUGACCAUGAAACCCACCAUAAAAGAAGAUCAUGGUGCAAAAUAUAUCUGUAGGAUCUUUCACCCUUCCACAGGCAAAUCUAUAGAAAAAAGCAUGAUUAUGGAGGUUUCAGCUAAACCUGUGCUGGAUCCAAUACAGAGCAACCAUGAUGAGACACAAGAACCAUUGAAUUUGGAGAAUAAUAUUAAACUCUCAUGUCGAAUUCAUUCCUAUUAUAACCAGACACUAACCGUUACCUGGUACAAAGGCGACACUAUCCUCCCAUUCAAAAACAGUGAAAUACUAACUGAUUCAUGUGGACUAUUUUACUUUACCAGUAACGUAUCAUACUGGCCUCAAAUAAAGGACAUUGGGAAGGAAUUCAAGUGUGAAGUUGCCCAUGAGAGUCUUGAAUCCCCUAUAAGUCAAAGCUGGACACUGAAAAACCUGAUCUCUAGGCCAAAAAUAAGCAAUAUACAAUGUCAACCUGAAAAACCUGCUUGUAGGAAACCAGUCACUUUAUCAUGUACAAUCAGAGACUUCUACCCUGAGGACAGUGACAUUAAAUGGUACCGGGGUUUGAAGGAGUUAACUAAUGGAGUAGAUACAGAAAAUGCCCACAAAGACACUUCUGGCUUAUUCUGCAGAACCACAAAUCUGCGAUUUACACCUUCAGAGGAAGAUCAAAGUGCACAGUUUAUUAUGAGACUCUAUCACUGUGGAAAAAACACAGAACAGAAAUUUAGCCUGAAAUUAGAAGGGCUUCCAGUUGUUAAGAAUAUCAUCUGUGAUACAAUUAAUAUAAAGUAUGAAGAUUCGCUGACUCUUCGCUGCGACGUAGUGAACUGCAAUCCCGCAGAUAUCAGCGCUGAGUGGAUAGAGAAUAAAACGCGGAUUAAAAGGAUUGACAGAGCAACAACUAAGGAAAACCACCAGGAAAGGUGUAAAUCAUUUAUUCUCCAAGUAAUCCCUACAGCUGAGGACUACGCAAAGAAGUAUACCUGUUUGGUAAAACACAAGGAUACGCAAACACUGCUCGGGAAAGCAUCUACAUUAUUAAAACUUCCAGAAAUAUCACCUACUUUGUCUGAGAUCACAGUUUAUCCACUAAAGCCUGAAGUCAACACAGAAACCACUUUUACAAUCAAUAUAUCCAGGUUUGCUCCAAAGCACAUAGAAGUGAAAUGGUUUAAAGAGUUCAAGAUCUUAACCGAAAAUAUUAUAACAUCGGAACAGAAAAUUGGACAGGGCGGUUUAUUUUGCUGUACAAGUACAGUGAAAUAUAUCCCAGAAGGGAAUGAUAAGCAGAUUCGUUGUGAAGUGCUUCAUGGGUCCAACAAGAAAAGGCAAGAAAAAUGCUAUAAGUUGAAUUUCAAAGGGAAUCCUGGAAUUGUGUCUGAAGACGGAGGUCCUACAAAUCCAGUUAUGCCACAAUUCGGGAAUCCUGGAAUCAGACCUGUAGACGGAGGUCCUAGAGAUCCAAUUGUGCCAAAAUCCGGUGAAGGAAAAAAGCCACGUUCAACAGGAAUUAUUUGUAAGACCAACAAUCCUAGACCUGGAGAUGAUGUCAUGUUAGCAUGUUGCAUUAACGGACCGGAUUCAAGGAAUGGCGUGUUCUCUUGGUACAACGGGAUGUUCCCCAUAGUAGACAACAUCCACGCAUUCAACAACAGUGAUGGCUCUGGCUGCAUCUCCACAGUUACUUUUAAGCCAGACAUAUCCGAAACUGAAUUUCAAAUCCGAUUUGAAGCUACCUUUAACUAUGAAACUAUCGAAGAAAAUUAUGUUCUUAAACUGGCUUAAUGAUUGUUCGAUCGGUGAAACGCUAAACCUUGGUAUAUAUGAAGGACAUUAGUCUUGGGUCACUCAUCAGCACAGGGUACUGAUACCUCUUUAUAUAUUACAAUGGACAGUGUAGGAGAGUAACGGAGCUGUUGUGUUGCUCAUAAAAAACACUGAAAUCUUUACUAUGAACAUACAGCGUGAACACACACACACUCACCCAACACAACUCUAAAUCAACAAGAUUUUAGCAGAUUGUACAGAUGGAUUUAUCAACUUCAGUGCUUUAAGGGUUUGAAGUGCCUGUGCGGAACCAACCACGCCACUGUACACUGGAGGAGCCUGGUUGCCUGCCUGCUGCCUUUUGACUAUGG